GUGCUUUGUGCCUGCGAGAGAGAGAGAGAGAGAGAGAGAGAGACUGCGAUGGCGGGACUAGGAGAAGCACAGAGGAGACAACAAAGAGGGAGACUGCUGGGCCCACCUCCAAGAGGACCUCCCGCUUUUGCUCGCCCUCGCUUUGAGCCCGUCGACCGCGAAAAGACAUGCCCGUUGCUGCUUCGGGUUUUCACUAAGAUUGGGGGUCAUCAUAGCGAGGGAGACUUUGCAGUGAGAGGCAAGGAGCCCAAGGAUGAGGUUCAAAUUUAUACCUGGAAGGAUGCUACUCUUCGUGAGUUAACUGAUCUGGUCAAAGAGGUAGCUCCAGCUGCAAGGAGAAAAAAUGCAAGACUAUCCUUUGCUUUUGUGUAUCCUGAUAAAAAUGGCCGUUUUAAAGUGAGAGAGGUGGGGAUGACCUAUUCGUUUGGAAGUGGGAGAUUAGAUGAUGGCAAGACAUUGGCUGAACUUCGGUUUCAGAUUGGAGAUUACUUGGAUGUGGGUAUUCUGUAGGGAAGCUCUCUUCUUAAUCUGAUAUAUUGUUCGGGUUGCUCAUAUGUGUACAUAAAGUGGCUAGUUUCAAGUUGUUAGACAUGAUGUGGACGUCAAUUACACCCAUGUUUAUAUGUAGUAUCGCAAAUUGAAACAUUUUGUGGGCUCGUGGAAUAUUAUAUGAAAUAUGAUUUUGAAAA